CUUUCUUUGACCAACUCACUUCUCUUAUUUUUUUAUAAAAACUUUGUUUUAAAUUAAACCUUCGUAACGAAAAAUAUUAUUUUAUCCUCUAUGAAUCGGAAAUGUUAUAAAAAUUGUUUGAAUCACUCCUGCGCCCAUUAAUAUAUUCAGUGAUUCUAGACAGCUGCAACUUUGUAGAGAAGAAAAGAAAGAAGAGGUGAAGGUUAAAGAUGAUGAGUGCUUCAAAGUUCAUAAAAUGUGUCACUGUGGGAGAUGGAGCUGUUGGCAAGACUUGCAUGCUCAUCUGCUACACCAGCAAUAAGUUCCCCACCGAUUAUAUUCCAACGGUGUUUGAUAAUUUUAGUGCUAAUGUGGCUGUGGACGGAAGCAUUGUCAACUUGGGCCUAUGGGAUACUGCAGGCCAGGAAGAUUAUAGCAGGCUGAGGCCUUUGAGUUAUAGAGGUGCUGAUAUUUUUGUCUUAGCUUUCUCAUUAAUCAGCAGGGCAAGCUACGAAAAUGUGCUCAAAAAGUGGAUGCCAGAGCUCCGUCGAUUUGCACCCAAUGUACCUAUUGUUCUUGUGGGAACAAAGCUAGAUCUUCGUGAAGAUGGAUAUCUAGCUCAUCACAUGGGAUAUGAUCUCAUUACAACUUCUCAAGGCGAAGAGCUUAGGAAACAAAUUGGUGCAGCAGCUUAUAUAGAGUGCAGCUCUAGAACGCAGCAGAAUGUCAAAGCUGUUUUUGAUACUGCUAUCAAGGCUGUACUUCAACCUCCAAGGAGGAAGGAAAUUGCAAGGAAGACUAGACGUAGAAGCUCUGGUUGCUCAAUUGUCCAGAGUAUGGUAUGCGGAGGUUGUGGUGCUUAACAAAUGCUGUUUCCAAAUGGACAAAAACAACAGACUUUUGGCAUGAUCGAGCUCCUGCAAUUGCUUUAGUAGUUCAACAGAUCAAACUCUUCUCUUGCUACAUGUACAUCAGUGAAUGCUGGUAUGCAUAUAUUGUAGCUGGAGGGAAUUUGUCGAUUUUGUGGAAGUCUAUCUUAUUCUGUUAGCAAAUGGAAAAGAUAGCCAUAGGAACUUCUUCAUUCUCUAGGCUAUGAAUAUGAUGGUAAUAUGUGGAUGUCGAUAUGUGAUGUCUUUGGCUAUUCAAUGUCUAGGGCUCUAGGCACUGUCUUCGUAGUAAGAUUCAUAUUUUGCGACUACUGUUUAAUUUGUAGAAAUCUAAUAUUUCAGUCAUGGAUGUUACCAAGAAAAAACAGAAGUUUCAGUUGAAGUAGCUAAAAGUUAAUUA